AUGCCUAUUUAUCUCUUAUUACUAUUCCACUAUAAAAAUCUCGAACGAGUCCAUAUACGUCCAACACAUAUAUUUAACAUUGCUUCAUCAGUACCUGAUCUUCCAACAAUCAAUUUGGCAUACUUGGCAGACAAGCAACAACGUCUUCAUUAUGAAGAAACAAUCAAGAAUGAAACAAUUACGCCAAUAACACCUCGUGAUACAGCUCCUAAACAAAUAAAAACAUUCUCGAAUCAUCAACUUCAAACAAAUACAACAUAUCGAACAUCCACUGAUCUCAACGCUUCUUACAUGAACACUGUUGAACAGCUCGUUUUGCAUAUGCAAGAAUUGGCACAAAUGGAAGAAGGCAAAGAAAAACAAAAAUACAACCGACAACAAAGAAAAAAUCAAGCACGUCGAAAACAACGUCAACCAACAUCAAACACAACACAUUAG